UCUGUUUCAUGCAGAGACCACCAGCUAUAUAAGUGAUCAUAUAAUCUAGCACGCUUGAAGCUCUGUUUGCAUCUGUUGGGACUGUACACUUCUCACAAUAUGACCUUGCUGUCAUUCGUGGUCAUCUUGACUCUCACACUCCACGCCUGUCUGAGUGAACCAGACAUGCUGCACCCACCUCGACCCUGCACUGAAGCAGAAAACGAGAAUGGUUACAACACUUUUCUUAAACGGCAUGUACGCAAUGACAUACCAACCGAUCUGAACAAAGAAAACUGGAAAAAGUUUAUUAACAGAAUCAGAACCUGGAACAGAACGAUUCAGUCAUUCUUUCCCUUCAGUGAGAAAGACAACGUGGAAGCUGUGUGUUCAUCAGGAGGAAAGAUGUUUGAGAGCAACCUCUGCAUCAGCAAGAAGCCUUUUUCCUUCAUCACUAUUAAGAUUGACAGUAAGAAGAAAAUAAUCAAAAGUGUCAACCUUCAAAAGCAGCAUGUGAUUCUUGCCUGUGAUAAAUUUGGCAACAAAUGUCUCCCUGAUCAUUUUGAGGCAAAUACAAAAAAAUGUAAACCAAAUAACAACAAACUAGACUGCAGUAAAUGAAUGAAUGUUUCACAGAAUUAAUCACAGUUUUUUUUUUUUUUUGUUAUGAGGAAGUGUUUCCCUGGCUGUAAUGUAACAGUAGAUAAAUGACCUGCAGAAGUUUUAUAUAUUCAUGUUUUUUUUUUCUUAUUCUGUGGGCUGAUGAAAUUGCUGAUGUUGAAAAUAUAAAUAAAUGUCAUAUAUAUGAAACAACUUUCUCGCUAUUAUGUUUCAGAAACGUCGCUAGUGUCAGGAGAGAGAAGCAAGCACGUCUUACACAUCUAAACUGAUGCUCCACAAAGAUUUUGGAUUUAUUUUCAAUACACAGAUUUUACAAUGGAAAUUAAGUUAGAAAAUACACAGCUAUGCAUUUAAAGGGUUAAAAAUAGGACAGAAGCUUCUAAAUUAUGUUGUUUUUUUUUGAUGUAAAAAAAAUCUUGAUAACGCUAUAAGUGGACCUCAGAGAAAUAAAAAACAAAGGCAGUUCAUGACCCCUUUAAAUUUGA